AUGCCGUCGACGAGGGAACCUCUCGAUAUCCCCUCCUUUGCAGGCACCCAACUGGCCCUCCUCACGAAUGAGCUCCAAACGGAAAUCGACGAGACCAGUGCGUUGGUAUCCUCUCACGCCCCCGUCGCCCUCCAGCGCGCAGGCCUCGCCAUCACGAACCUCGUGCUCUCCUCUCAGCGCACCGGGUUCGGCGGUCGCACCGUCGUCGAGCUCACGUCCGACUCGGCCACCUCCAGCCUGGGUUGCCUUCCGGAGCAUGGGAUCCGUACCGGGGACAUCGUGCUGGUGACGGAGCAGCCGGCAGGCAGCGCGAAGAAGCGAGAGAUCCGCGAGCUCGAGGGCAAGGGCGCCCGAGGUGUCGUGGUCAAGGUGCAGCGGGAAACGGUGAGCGUGGCGCUGGACGAGGGCAAGGACGAGGAUGCGCGCUUGAACGGAAGGGUAUGGAUCGUGAAGCUGGCGGACGAGGUGACGUAUCGGCGCAUGAACCGCACGAUGGAGAAGCUGCAGACGAUGGGUGACGGCGAAUAUACGAGCCUCAUCAGAGUUCUCUUCGGCCUCUCCAGCCCGUCUCCGGUAGGAAAGGACUUGUCCAAGGAUGAGCAGGUGGGAAAGCUGGAGUGGCUGGAUCCUUCCUUGAACGAGUCUCAAAAGGACGCCGUUCGCUUUGCCCUGGCAUCUCGGGAAGUGGCUCUGAUUCACGGACCCCCUGGACUGGUCAAGCGGAAACAGAGGGUCCUCGUCUGCGGCCCGUCCAACGUCUCCGUCGACAACAUCGUUGAACGACUUUCGCCCCACAAGGUGCCCAUCGUUCGUCUCGGACACCCGGCACGGCUCCUACCCUCGGUGGUGAACCACUCGUUGGACGUGCUGACGCACACAUCCGAGGCCGGAGCCAUCGUCCAGGACGUGCGUGCCGAGAUGGACGCCAAGCAAGCGUCCAUCAAGAAGACGAAGAGUGGAAAGGAAAGGAGGAGCAUCUAUGCCGACCUCAAGGAGCUGCGCAAGGAGUACCGCGAGAGGGAGAGGCGCUGCGUGAGCAAUCUCGUCGGGGGCAGCAAGGUCGUCCUCGCCACCCUUCACGGCGCCGGCGGCUUUCAACUUCAAAGGGAGAAAUUCGACGUCGUCAUCAUCGACGAGGCCAGCCAAGCGCUCGAGGCCCAAUGCUGGGUGCCGCUCCUGUCCGCCACAAAGGUGGUGUGCGCGGGCGAUCAUCUGCAACUACCGCCGACGGUCAAGUCGAUCAACUCCAAGGUCAAGCCGCCGCAGGCCAAGGACGGCACGAAGCCGGUCAAGGGAAUGACUCUCGAAACGACGCUCUUUGAUCGACUCUUGGCUCUUCACGGAUCGUCCAUCAAGCGGAUGCUCACGACCCAAUAUCGCAUGCACGACAAGAUUAUGCGCUUCCCCUCGGACGAACUGUACCAUUCGUUGCUCGUGGCGGCGGAUUCGGUCAAGUCCCGCCUGCUCAAGGACCUGGAAUACGAGGUGGAGGACAACGAAGACACCGGCGAGCCUGUCAUUUUCAUCGACACGCAGGGCGGCGACUUUCCGGAGAAGAACGACGAGGAUGACAAGGACAACGUCAAGAAGGGAAAGGCGGCGCUUCACGGCGACAGCAAGAGCAACGACAUGGAAGCGGCCUUGGUCCGACAGCACAUCGAACGGCUGGUCAAGGCGGGAGUUCGACCCGAUGACAUUGCCGUCGUGACGCCAUACAACGCUCAGUUGGCAUUGCUGGCGCCUCUGAAGGCGCAGUACCCUGGGAUGGAGCUCGGAAGCGUCGACGGCUUCCAGGGACGCGAGAAGGAGGCGGUGAUUGUCAGCCUCGUGCGGAGCAAUCCCGACGGAGAGGUUGGCUUUUUGGCGGAGAAGCGACGGCUGAACGGUGAGGAUUCCACGUCGAAACGAUGGCAAGAAAUGGCAAAGUGUUGA